UUCCCUAGAAUACCACAUUACUGAACUGCGAAGUGUUGUGAAAUAAGGUAUCGUCUUUUUCCGCUCGCGAAGAGCUUCCGAAAGCGAAGCGCGUCCAUUCAGCUUUUUAGCACAUACCACGCUGGCCAGUUUGUGAUGAGGAAUAUUAGUGAUCAUGCACUGAAGAUGUUGUUCCCAUUGGUCAUUGCUAGCGCUGGCAAGCAAGUGAAAUCACCCACCGUUCCAUCGUGCUCUGUUGCUGCUGUUGCUACUGCUGCUACCCUUGGCGAAUCUUCCCGCCGCAAUUUGCUGGCACUGUGCGGCAGCACCUCCUGACGGAAAGGCUACGACAACGACCGUCUGUGAACGGGUAGAAACAAAUUUGUAAGCCCUCAAAAAGGACGUCCUAAAUAGGCACACUCGGAUUGCUUUCACAAGUGCAUUCGAUUCGCGUUUUGCUGUGUGUUUUUGCAUCGCUCGCUCGCUCCGCCAGAUAGUGGAAGUUGUGUGGUGCUGAAAAUAAAUCGAAGGCGCGCGCCUAUCAUCUAUCGUAGCAGGCAAGCGGUUUAUGUUGGUUCGGUUUGCUGUGUAGUGCUGUGGAAAAGCAAGCACAGCUCCUGGGGAAGGCCAACGGAGAGAUACGCAGCGAAUUAAAAAAGAAACACACAUCGUUCAUCGUACGAGUCAGCACACACUUACGGCACGGUGACGUACCCAUACAACCUUGGAAGUGCGAUAGUGGUACGACCUAAAGAGCGACGUAAUCGAGGACUGUUGUGUGCAAACGGAACAGUGCGAAACAGUGCCGUGUUCGGCAGAAAGGAUAAAACGACGCAGAUUUGAUUGGAGUUGGUGCAUUUUCCAGCAUCCUUCUCCCGGCAGAGGAAAUUCAUCAUCAUCCUGCACACCAUGGAAUAUUCUAGCAACGACGUGAAGCAACUGUUCAGAUCCGUCUACACCCUGGUGAAGGUACAGGAUGAACAGAAAGCGACACUCACGGUGGACGACAUCCUGCAGCCCAGCUUCCAGCUAAGCCAUCGCGUCCUCGUCUCGCAGUGCAUUCAACUGAUGUUCGAAGAUUUCGAGUGCGUCGGCCAGAAAUCGCGCGAAAUCCUAUGGCGCAAGGGAUACUACGAUGUGGUUUCGGUGCUGAAACGGCAGAAGGGUCGUGCGCAUGUGGCCGCCCUUCAGCACGCCGCCGAUCGGGUGAUCCGUGAAGGGAUUAACUAUUUCAAGGCGAUCGUGCUGCGUUUCGAGCAAAUCUUUAACCUGGAUUCGUUGCGCUAUCUGGUCGAUUUUGCGCUGCUGGAGGACACUGAUAUUGAAGCACUGCGUGAGGAACCCUCGUGCUAUGCGCUGCUGCAGCUACAGACGAAGGAUGAUGCUGCGGCAAAAGAGCUUUACACCAAGCAGGAAAUAUCGUACGCACUCGAGACGAUUCAUGCGCUGUUGAUUUCGUUGGGCGACUUGCAUCGCUAUCAGCUCGAGUUUGGGCUCGGCAAUCGUUUGGAGGUGCGGGACCGAACGCGCAAAUACUAUCUGGAGGCGUUCAAGCUGAAUCCGAAGGUUGGGAUGGCGCAGAACCAGCUCGGAAUGUUGGUCGGAGGCCAGAACGGGCAUCUGGACGCGGUGUAUCACUAUCUGUACUCGCUUUGCUGUGCGAUUCCGUUCGAGUGUAGCGAAACGAACGUGAAUGUGAUUUUCCAGAAGAACAUCCGCCAUCUGGAGAGCGGCGCAAGAGGUGAUCUGGCGAACAGUGGCGGGAUUGUGGAUGGGAACGACGAGCUGGUGGACCAGUUUAUCGCCACCUUCCUGCUCGUGGUGGACGUUUUCUUCUACGAUAAGGUAGUGACGGAUUUUACCGCCCUGUGCCAUUCGGUGCUGACGGAGUUUAAGAAGAUCUUGAGCAUUCGGCAGCUGUUGGAGGAAUACUAUCUGACGGACGAUAUGCUGUUCAAGAUCGUGUCGAUCCUGUUUUUCUGCAUGCAUCGCAUCAAACUGAUCAACUCGGACAAGAUCUACAGCCUGAACGCGUUCCUGGUGGCGCUCUGCUCCGAGCUGCUGCAGUGGUGUACGGCUAGCUUCGAAAAGUUCACCAGUGAGCACAGCCGGGAGGAUGCUCAGUUCCAGGAGAUGUAUCUGCGCCGGUACCAGCGUUACAGUGCGCAGGUACACCGUGCCCGGGACAUGGUAAGGAGCGGGACGACGAUGUACUGUAAGGAUCAAAAGUCUUCGUCCGGCGUGGAGGAGGGCACGGGCAGUCAGGAUAGUCGCGGUAACAAGGAGAACGAAAUGGCGAACCACGUUGGUUCGUCGAUCAUGGCGGUUCCGCCGAAGAAUAAUGGUGGCGGUGAAAAUGGUCGUACUAGAAGCGCCAACAGUCGGCAGAAGAAACAUUCCCGUCGCCGUAGACGUGCGUAUUCGAACGAAACGGAUUCCGAGGAUGGAGAGCGCUACGAGGACGAGGAUGUAUCGGAGGACGAUUACUACCAUCGUUCCGAGACGGAGUCCACCAAUAGCAGCAGUGAGGAGGAUGAGGAGGAGGAGGAGGACGACGAGGAAGAGGAAGAGGAUGAUGACGUGAUGUCACUGUCGAGCUACGGAUCGUACGAUGAAUAUUCGGGCGAAGAGGACGACGAGCCUCAUCGCCGUGCUCGUUCCGACGACGAAGAUAGCCACAGCACCAACGAGCAGCAAAAUGAGGACGAUCAGCCUCAGCAGCAGCAGCAGCAGGACGUCGAGCUCGCUCCGGAGCAGUUGAAGUUCAAGAAGCGCUAUCAGAAGAUGGACCCGAACGUUGUGCUGGAAUUCGCGCAGACCGAACGUACGAUGCGCUCGCUGAAGAUCCUGUUCGAUUGGUUGCUGUGCAACAUGGACGUGCUGCACAACUGCUACCAAUCGAACCCGGAGUUUCUGCACAACAUCAUGAAGCUGCUGAACAGCUUCAAUUUGGAUUUCUUCACCAACCGGUUCUACUUUACGCGCGAUCUGAUCACCGUGCCGGGGUUGCGCGACGAUCUGCAGGAGAUCUUCAACGUGCGCCGCACCAUUCCGCUGCGGGAGGACAUCGCGAUGAAGCGGUUCCCGCUGUUCGAACCGGCCCAGGAGGGUUUGCUGUGGGAAACGCCGUACAAGUUGGGCGUUUCGCAAGAGGAUGAAAGCUUCCUGCGGUUGAUGAAAAUGGUCGACUUUGGAUUUGCCGUGUGCAAGUCGAAGAAGUUCGACUAUUGCUUCCUACCGAAGGUGCGUGCGUUCAAGGUGCGGAUCGGUUUUCACGGUGGAAGCGGUGGUAGCAACCAAGGGCGUAACAAGAGCAAGAACCAGCGUAACGGUGGAAAGCAGCGUCGAAAGGGGGGCGAUACGGGCGGAAUGGGAAGAAACGCUAGAAAUGUCCGAGAUUGGCAUGUUAUCGGUGGUGGUGGUGGUGGUGGUGAUGCGGGAGGUAAAACCACCUCCCGUGGGCUUUCCUACAGUCAGUCGCGUUCGGGUCGCGCGGUGAAAGCAUCAGCUGCUGGCGAGGAGAAAAAUCGUCGUCCGAAACCGACCGAAGCGAUGACUCAUCAUGAUGUGGUUGUUACGCGUGACGUUAGCAAGCGUCAGCGUAACCGAAUGCGCAACAAGAACGGCCAUCAGCAUGGAAGGGAUGAGUAUCCUGGACUGCCGGACGCCCAGGAACCGGCUCCGACAUUGUUCACGAAGAAAGGAUAUCUGCACAACCGUGGCAAUGGAAUGCUGAUGCAACGAGGUGCGGGAGAAGAGCUGCAGCGCGGUGGCGAGAGGAAGGAUGCACGGCCACAGGAGAAGGGUGACAUCAGCGCUAUUAUGGGUCAGCUGUGGUUGCGGAAUGAGGUCGAAACGCUCGAAUCGAAGGUUAACAAGCGAGCUGGAAAUGUAAUCUUGACCCCGUAUCUGGUGCUAGACUCGAAGUGUCUGACCGAGUACACUUCCAUCGUGAAGAAUUUGAUCAAAACGAAGAAGUUUGUCGUUUUGAUUCCUGGUGCUGUUUUGGGUGAUCUGGACGAGUUGAAAAAGCACAGCGAAGGUGCACGAAACGCCAUCAAGUGGUUGGAGAUUGAGUUUAGCAAGGGCAACCGUUUCCUGCGUGCGCAGAAGAAUCAUGAAUCGUUGCCGAUGCCGCUGGUGAAAAUUCCGAAAAAAUUGGAUCGUGAAGGUGCGGUGUUCAAUCAGAUCGUGCAGUUCUGCAACCACAUCGUUACGAACCAGGCCGAUAAUGAUAGCGACAUCAUCACCUACCUGUCGGGAGACAGUCUGCAGGAGAAGAAGCUGUGCAACGGUAGCAGCUACAUCGGCAUCCUCGAGGCCAUACCGGUCAAGUUCGAGCAGAUAGUGACGUUCUAUUCCAGCUACAAACGGAAAUGAACCACCCGGUGUUGGUUGCCCAGCGCGUCCUCGGCCGAACGAGCGUGUGUGUUGGUCUCUUUGUGGUCUCUGAAACAACCUCUGCAGCGAACAAACCAGUAAAACGGGCAGAAGCAGAACGUAACAGCGCAUCUAAAGCAAACCAGCCAAUUCAUUCCACUCUCUCUCUCCCACCACACACACACACACACACACCCUCUUCACAAAACACACCAUCCGGGGGGGGGGGGGGGGGGGGGGGUUUGCCCGUGGCCCCGGCCCGUCGACCAUCGUCAAAGCCUUUCAUGCUGUACUGCCAUCCCGCAUCUCGGGGGGUCUGGAUAGUAAAGAAGGAGCGGUGUAUGGUGUAACGGGGGUGUGGAAGAGAGGAUACGGUGUCCUCUCAGUUAAUUCCACCAUCAAAAAACCCCCCAACUGAUGUAUGUGUGUGUGUGUGUGGUGUGUGUGUUUCUUCCAUCUCUCCAUCUUCUGGACAUUCACACAUCAAACGAAAUUUCGGAUGGCUUGUGUUGUUCGGAUGUUGGUGUCCCGUGUCCGGAUUGUUUGGAAAGGUUUUCUCAUAUCCGGAGGGACAGACGGCAGUUGGUGGGGUGCGUCAAAGAUAGAGGAACAAAGCAACAACAUCAGCAAGGACUAAGCUAAAGAAAGAGGGAGAGAGAGAGCAAGAUGUGAGGCAACGCUGUGAAGGAGAGAUACAUUAAACAAAAAAAAUUGUCGUUAGGAAGAAGAUGAUUUGUUGGUGCGUAAGGGGGCGGAAUGGGGAUGAAAAGAAGAAAAAGCAAACAUCAUUUGUGUGUAGGAAAGCAAACCGCGCUUGCCGUGUAGUUUAACAAAGCCCCCCCACCGGGAGAAAUGCAUCUGUGUGAGUGUAUGCAGAACUUACUCUUUGGGGAGGAAGAAAAACACUACUUUGGAAACAAAACCCCCCCUGCCGCAAUCCAUCUGUGUGAUCCUUUGAAAGACGCCAGUUGUUUGAUUGGUUAAAAUUGGACGAAAACAAACAAACAAAAAGCGCAGCGCGUCCUAGGUUCGUACGAACGUACACCACCAUUCCGGGAAAACCAUCUGAAACCGUCAUUCAUCGUUCCUCCUCUAUCAUCGAACAGCAGCAGCAGCAGCAGCAGCGAGAACGUGCGCGCUUUGUGCGGAACAACAGGUGCUGCUUGCUAUAAUUGUUUCAUUCUUCAUUAUUCUUUAAUUUUAAUCAUAUAAAAUUGAGUUCGGCAUAGCAAAAGAAGACAACAACAAAAACUUUAACACCUACUUCAGUUAUUCUCUUACGGUCAUUUUCGUUUCAUUAAGUUAAAAACGGUCCAGAAUUGUUGGUAGUUGGGCAGGAAACCAUCGUCAUGCAAUUACUAUUCAUCUAUUCAGUCAGUAAACGACUCAUUCAUGCUUCCUUCGUAUAGCCACAUCCGCGUACAAGCGUAAAUUAAUUUCUCCCUACGUUUAGUGUGAUCACAGGCAAAUAUUGGAUCUCAAGACUUCAUCUACGAUUUGUUCCAUUUUCAAUUCUCGAUCAUUUCCGAUGAGUAUUAAAUGGCGGGGGGGCUGCUUUGUCCUCCGUAUCUUUCUUUGAAAGGAGGUACAGCUCUUUUUGCUAGCAAGGAAUAGACCGUGAUCAAAUUGGGAUAAGAUAGUUGAACAUACCUUAGUUUGGAAUGUCGAGACUGAUUCCUUAUUGCUUGCUCACAACUACUCGCUGGUGAAACAGCAUCAAACCUGCAAAAGAAAAGAAAAGGAAAGUCGUAAAAUUAUGUUUCAAAUAAUCGGCCCUUUAUACACGCAACAGCAGAACAGGACGAAACCCUCUCGCUAAUUUCCCCUUCCCAAUGAUAAUGAUAGUGACGAAUGAUGGCUUAUGGGCUUAUGUUUUAAAACCGUUACCCUACUAUCUUAAUUUCUACCUGCCGAGCUCGCACUAAAUAAAAAUCCCAAUAUGAUGGAAUA